UCCGCCGCCGCCCGAGCCGCAGCUCGCGGCCGCCGCCCGGGCCAUGGAGACGCUGAACGGCCCCGCGGGCGGUGGCGCCCUGGACGCGAAGCCCCCCGGCCAGCACCACCGCCACCACCACCUCCACCCGCUGGCCGAGAGGAGGCGGCCGCACCGCGCGCCCUCGCCCGCCAGACCCUUCCUCAAGGACCUGCACACCCGGCCCCCCGCGCCCGGCUCGACCCCGCCGAGCCCCUCCCCGGGCCGAACCCCGGCGCCCGGCGCCCCGCGCUCGCCCAGCCUCGCGGGCAAGGCGCCGUCGUCGCCCGGCUCCCUGGCGGCGCCCGGCCGCCUCUCCCGGCGCGGCGGCGGCGGCGUCCCCGGCGCGAAGGACAAGCCGCCGCCGGGCGCCGGAGCCACCCGGGCGGCAGGCGGUGCCAAGGCCGCCGCGGGAAUCAGGAGGGCGGCGCGCGCGGUGCCCGCCGAGCCGCCGCCUCGGGCCGGGAAGCCGCCCGGGGCCGAACCGCCUCCCCACGCCGCCAAGGGCCGCAAAGCCAAGCGCGGCUCCGGGGUGCCCCCCGCGCGCGCCCUCGGCCUCCCGCCCCCGGCCGCCCCGAUCCCCGCCGUGACCCUCUCGGUGACCUCGGCGGCCGGCUCCCCGGCCCCCAGCUCGCGGAUCAGCCACACGGACAGCAGCUCCGACCUCUCCGACUGCCCCUCGGAGCCCCUUUCCGAUGAGCAGCGCCUGCUCCCCGCCGCCAGCAGCGACGCCGAGUCGGGCACCGGCUCCAGUGACCGGGAGCCCCCACGAGGAGCAGCCCGGGGGGCGCCGCCCGCCAGCCCCGACCUCCUCGCUGCACCCCCGGUCGCCGCCGCCGCCGCCUAUCUCGGGGGCCGGAACAGCCCCAGCGGGCUCACCCCAGGGUCCCCGGGGCCGGGAGCGACCGAGGAUGCGGGAGGGCGCGUGCCACCUGAGCGAGCGGUCCCCGGGAUGCCCAAGGAGCCCAGCCCGGAGGAGCAUCCCCGGCUCGGGCCGGUGCCGGUGGUGGUGGAGGAGGAGGAGCUGCUUCGGGAGAUGGAGGAGCUGCGCUCCGAGAACGACUACCUCAAGGAUGAGCUGGAUGAACUCCGAGCUGAGAUGGAAGAGAUGAGAGACAGCUACUUAGAGGAAGAUGUUUACCAACUGCAGGAGCUCCGGCGAGAGCUGGACCGUGCUAACAAGAACUGCCGAAUCCUACAGUACCGGCUCAGGAAAGCUGAGCAGAAAAGCCUGAAAGUGGCAGAAACAGGGCAGGUGGAUGGUGAGCUCAUCAGAAGCCUAGAGCAAGACUUGAAGGUAGCCAAAGAUGUGUCUGUCAGAUUGCACCAUGAACUUGAGACUGUGGAGGAAAAGCGUACUAAAGCUGAAGAUGAAAAUGAAACUCUCCGGCAACAGAUGAUUGAAGUGGAAAUAUCCAGACAGGCCCUCCAAAAUGAGCUAGAGAAGCUGAAAGAGAGUUCCCUAAAGAGAAGAAGUAGCCGGGAAAUGUUCAAAGAGAAGAAAACCUUUAACCAGGAAGACAGUGCCGAUCUGAAGUGCCAGCUGCAAUUUGCCAAAGAGGAAGCCUCCCUGAUGCGCAAAAAGAUGGCUAAGCUGGGGAGGGAGAAGGACGAGCUGGAGCAGGAGCUCCAGAAGUACAAGUCGCUCUAUGGUGAUGUGGAUAGUCCCCUCCCCACAGGGGAAGCCGGAGGACCCCCCAGCACCAGGGAGGCAGAGCUAAAGCUGCGGCUGAAGCUGGUGGAGGAGGAAGCCAACAUCCUGGGCCGGAAGAUCGUGGAACUAGAGGUGGAGAACCGAGGCCUCAAAGCCGAGAUGGAGGACAUGCGGGUUCAGCACGAGCGUGAGGGACCAGGCCGGGACCACAUGCCAAGCAUCCCUACCUCACCCUUUGGGGACUCUCUGGAGUCCUCUGCAGAGCUCCGCCGACACCUGCAGUUUGUGGAAGAGGAGGCUGAGCUGCUGAGGAGGUCCAUAUCUGAGAUCGAAGACCAUAACCGCCAGUUGACCAGCGAGCUGAGCAAGUUCAAGUUUGAGCCUCGCCAGGAGCCGGGCUGGCUUGGGGACAGCACAGGUAAGGGCCCUGGAACGGGGUUGCCACUGCAGGAGGAACUGAAGUCUGCCAGGCUGCAGAUCAGCGAGCUGAGCGGGAAGGUCAUGAAGCUCCAGUAUGAGAACCGAGUGCUGCUGUCCAAUGUCCAGCGCUGCGACCUGGCAGCCCACCUGGGGCUGCGUGCCCCAAGCCCUAGGGACAGUGAUGCCGACAGUGACACAGGCAAGAAAGAGAGCGAUGGGGAAGAAGGCCGCCUGCCCCAGCCCAAGCGGGAAGGGCCAGUGGGCGGGGAAAGUGACUCGGAGGACAUGUUUGAGAAAACAUCAGGCUUUGGGAGUGGAAAGCCUUCAGAGGCCAGCGAACAGUGCCCAGUAGAGCUUCUGAGAUCUCGAGAGGACACCGAGUGCUUGGUGACCAUAAAGCAAGAGGCCCAGCGACUGGAGAGGACUGUGGAGCGCCUCAUCACGGACACGGACGACUUCAUCCACGACUCAGGGUUACAGGGCAGCAGCUUGGCCUUGCCUGGUAUCCAGGGUGAGGGCGAAAGGGGCCAGAAUGAGCCCCACCUGCUGGGGACCCUCAAUGUGAAUAUGAAAGCAUUCAGGAAAGAGCUGCAGGCCUUCCUGGAGCAGGUGACCCGCAUUGGGGAUGGGCUGUCACCUUUGUCCCACCUCACAGAGUCAUCGAGCUUCCUCUCCACGGUGACCUCUGUGUCCCGGGACUCCCCCAUCGGGAACCUAGGGAAGGAGCUGGGCCCAGAUUUGCAGUCCAAACUGAGAGAUCAGCUGGAGUGGCCGCUCUCUCAGGAGCGAGGGGACGAGCCAGAGGGCCUGCGCCUGCGAGCCGCCACGCGCGAGCUGCACCGCCGGGCUGACGGGGACGUUGGGAACCACCGGCCUGCGGGCCAGAGCUGCUUCAAUCUGCUAGAGCUCAGGGGCCCCCCUGGUUUACCUGAGCAGAGUGUUUCGAUAGAAGAGCUACAGGGUCAGCUCGUGCAGGCGACCAGACUUCAUCAAGAGGAGACAGAGGCAUUUACAAACAAGAUCCACAAGAUGGAAGAGGAGCACCUGUAUGCCUUGAGGUGGAAAGAACUGGAGAUGAACAGCCUGGCUUUGCAGAACACCCUCCAUGAGCGAACCUGGAGUGAUGAGAAGAAUCUGCUGCAACAGGAGCUCCGGUCCUUAAAGCAGAACAUUUUCCUCUUCUAUGUCAAGCUCAGGUGGCUGUUGAAACACUGGCGGCAGGGGAAGCGGAUGGAGGAGGGAGGAGAGGAUCUCCCUGAGAGUGAACAUCCUGAGAACUUCUCUGGGCUUGGUGAACUAGGAGUCCAGGGGGGUCACCAGGUGGAAAGACCAGCUCGAGAUGACGGUGACCAAGGCUGUGGUUUUCCCGUGGGGGAGCAUUCCUCACAUGCUCCUGUGCAGACUGGAGACCAUGAACCCUGGCUGCAGGCGGUGGACGGAGGACCACUCAACAGGCAGGUGGUGGAGAACCAGCAGCUAUUCAGUGCCCUCAAGGCCUUGCUGGAGGACUUCCGCUCAGAGCUGCGCGAGGACGAGCACGCCAGGCUACGGCUACAGCAGCAGUAUGCCAGCGACAAGGCUGCCUGGGAUGUGGAGUGGGCCGUACUCAAGUGCCGCCUGGAACAGCUGGAGAAGACUGAGAAAAGCUUGGGGGAGCUCGAUGUCCCCACCGAGGGCAAAGGGGCCCUGAAGACCGAGAGAGAGGUGCACCAGAAGCUCCUGGCUGAUAGCCACGGCCUGGUCAUGGACCUGCGCUGGCAGAUCCACCACAGGGAGAAGAACUGGAACCGGGAGAAGGUGGAACUGCUUGAGCGUCUGGACCGGGAGCGGCAGGAAUGGGAGGAGCAGAAGAAGGAGCUCCUGUGGAGGAUGGAGCAGGUACAGAAAGAGAACAGUCCUCGGAGAGGUGGCAGUUUCCUCUGUGAUCAGAAAGAAGGCAACCUCCGUCCCUUGCCUGCUCAGGGUGCCCUGCGAGUGUCCCGGCCGGUGUCCAUGUGGCCCUGCGUGGACACCGACUCCCUCCCGUUUGAGGACCGGCCACUUUCCAAGCUGAAGGAGUCAGACAGGUGCUCGGCCAGCGAGAACCUCUACUUGGAUGCCUUGUCCCUGGAUGAGGAACCCGAGGAGCCAACACCCUGCAGGCCUGAGAGGGAGUUCAGGAACUGUCUGCCCGAGGAGGAAGAAAAUCAUAAGGGAAAUCUUCAAAGAGCCUUGUCUGUGUCCUGCAUGUCCGAAUUCCAGCGCCUCAUGGAUGCUUCUCCUUUCCUGCCUGAGAAGGGCCCGCCCGCGGCCAGCAGCAAGGAGGAUGUCACCCCGCCCCUGUCUCCUGACGACCUGAAGUACAUCGAGGAGUUCAACAGCAAGAGCUGGGACUACACGCCCUCCAGGGCUGGGGACAGGCCUCAGGACCUCUGGGCAGACAGGACGGAGGUGGGGCGGGCAGGACACGAGGCCACAGCCGAGUCGUUCCCCAGCUCCUCCUGGUAUCUGACCACAAGCGUCACCAUGACGACGGACACUAUGACCAGCCCAGAGCACUGCCAGAAGCAGCCCCUGCGAAGCCACGUCCUCACUGAGCAGUCUGGGGUGCGUGUGUUACACAGCCCGCCUGCCGUCCGCAGGGUGGACACCAUUGUGACUGCGGGCACCGAGGGCAGGAGCCGGCUGGACCCUGAAGGGCCCUUCCCCACAAGCAGAGCCAGAGGGAGCCUGGGAGAUGCUAGGGGGGGCCACCCUGAGCCUGGGCUCAGCAGGUGGCCUUGUGCUGCCUCCAGACACCCCCGAGACCUCAUGGAAGGGACUCUCCGGCCCCUUGACGGUCCCCUCUGCCCCUCCCUCGGGUUUGCACCCCCACUGCACAGCCUGGAUAUGUCCAAGAACAUGAGUGAUGACAUGAAGGAGGUGGCCUUCUCCGUCAGGAGUGCCAUCUGCUCUGGUCCCCCUGAGCCACAAGUCAGGGACAUGGCCUGCCAGACCAACGGGUCGCGGACGGCGGGGACGCAGACCACGCAGACCGUCAGCGUGGGCCUGCAGACUGAAGCCCUGCGAGGCAGCACUGUCACCAGCAGUCCCCACAAGUGUCUCACGCCAAAAGCAGGGGGCGGCACCACGCCCGUGUCUUCUCCUUCCCGCAGCCUCAGGAACAGGCAGGUGGCCCCUGCCAUCGAGAAGGUGCAGGCCAAGUUUGAGCGCACCUGCUGCUCCCCCAAGUAUGGUUCACCCAAGUUGCAGCGGAAGCCCCUUUCUAAAGCAGAGCAGCCAGGCAGCCGGGCCUCGCCAGGCUUGGGCCAGAAAGGGUACAGCGAGUCUGCCUGGGCCCGCUCCACCACCACGAGGGAGAGCCCUGUGCACACCACCAUCAACGACGGCCUUUCCAGCCUCUUCAACAUCAUUGACCACAGCCCCGUGGUACAGGACCCCUUCCCGAAGGGGGUGCGGGCCGGGAGUCGGUCUCGCUCAACGGAACCCCAGCAAGAGUCAGGCCCAGGCCAGGAAACGGGCAGCAACUCCCGAGGCCGAUCACCUAGCCCCCUUGGGAUCGGCUCAGAGACGUGCAGAGAGGAGGGGGGCGAGGCCACACCAGUGAGGCAGGACUUAUCUGCUCCUCCUGGCUACACGCUCACUGAGACUGUGGCCCGAAUCCUCAACAAGAAGCUUCUGGAGCAUGCCUUAAAGGAGGAGAGGAGGCAGGCCCCCCACGCCCCCUCGAGUCUUACCAGUGACAGCCACGCAGGAGACUCAGCCUCUGCUGAGCCAGGGGCCAUGGAGGAACUGCCUUGCUCUGCACUAGCACCAUCCCUAGAGCCCUGCUUCUCCAGGCCCGAGAGACCAGCACACCGUCGCCCUCCAUCCCGGUGGGCUCCACCUGCCCCCGCUGCCUCCCAGUCUCCGUCGCCCGGAGACCUGCCGUCCACAGAGGAUCACGCUGAGGAGGAGGAGCCCGGAGAGGCCGCCGUGGGGCUAAAGCUUGCUCGGGUUAUCACAGGAUAAGUCACUGUCAUUUGCAUAGCCGCACCACCAUCCCCGAAGGAGAGAUCGGGUCUUCGCAAGGCGGAAGGAUGUUUGCAAUGAAACACACAGCUGCUGAAUAUCCCAUCCAGGAGACUGAGAUGUUUCUAGAAUGAAACAAUAAAUGUGCCUGUAAUGACUUCAGUUUUUUCAUAGCUCAGAAAACUAUUUUUGUCUCCAUUUUUUUUACACCAUAGUAUAUGAAAUAAAUAAGGUUUAAAUAGAUUUAAAAUAUAAGAGUUUUUAAAAAAUGGACACUUUUAAGAGACAACUGAACUCCCUUGCUCUCAAUCCUGACUGCCUCUCAUAUUUGCACUGUUCUGUUUUGAUUGGGGUUCUCUCUGUGUUGAAUUUAGGAUGUUCUAAGUUAAUUUUAUUUUGUCCAUGUUACUGAAUUUUUUUUUUUUUGAAGAAUUUAAAAAAUGCUUCCGACCGUCUGAUUUUGUUGUAGCAGACAAGCCAUGAAGCGAGGCGGGAGGAGAGUCUCUGACUGGAGGGGUACAGGUCAAUGAUUCUGAGAAGGCACAGGGUCCCCACGUGGGCCCGGGAAGGCUGCGUGGUCCGCGCCCCCCCCCCGCCCCCGGCCGCACGUCUUCGGGUGCAUGUACGUACGCUGCACCGUCCUCCAGCACUCCCACCCGUGCCCCGUCUGACCCACCGUAAUGCCACCGAGUCCUCGUGUUGCACCGUCACUGUUGGUUCCCUUGCAUCGAUGAGACAGCAGCGACAUUCUCCAAUUACUGUUCAGACAUUAACUGGCCAUGUGCAGUGUUCACCCGACACCGUCUCUGUAAGGAAAAGCACUCCAGGAAGCUACAAGGAUGCCUGCGGAGACAAAUGGUGCCUCAGAGGGGCAGAGCCCAGGAGGAAGUAGAAAUAAAGCCUUUACACGCCACAAGUGUGGUGCUGAGUUUGUGUUUCACGUGCGUUCUGUCUUGACACGCUCUGGGCUCUGGGAAGUAUUUCCUGGCUGAGGGACUGAGGGAAUGGGGGGGGCAGCGUGAGGAGGGAACGGCCGUGUCUCACAGGGCUACACGCUCGUGUGCACCAUGAGGUCACAGUUGCAGUGGACUUCAUGACAGGGUCCUGGUGGAAAUCAGCUUUAUUCUCAUUGCAAAAACCAAACUCCAGAAGAGAUGUCAGGGUGCAAGGAAGCUGGUUAUCUGUGAGUCAAGUGUGGGCAGCG